CAGCAAAUACAUUUUGACAAGGCAGCCGCAGAACUUACAGUGUCAAGAGGAGCCACGCAAACAACCUAUUACACAAUGAGAAAGAACCAAGCAGCACGCAGCCUGGAGCGGCCAAACAUCGGAGGACCGCGCAGAAAUAAGCACGUAAUCCUGACCUCUUCCACACCAUCCAUCGCCUGCAUUUGAGGACUAAAAUUUAAUGUUUUCAUGGACUUUAAGGCAAAUAAAAGGAAACCAGAGUUUUGUUGUGGCAACCAGGGAAGAAGUAAACACCAGAAGCUGUGCAAUGGCAAAACGUUAAGAUCCUGCAGGACCCGAGGAUCAGAUUGUGUGUCCUCUUGUACUCAGGAUGAGGAAACAGGCCCAGGGGAAUAGAAUGAAGCUUGGAUGGAGAGACUGAGUCACUAAGAACUGAAGUGGUCACGGUGGCCAAGCUUGCACAGCUGGUAGGUGGCGGCUCUGAGAUUCGGACUCAAGCGAUCUGCUCCAGAGUCAGCGAAUCAUCUGACGAUAAAUGAAAAUGUGUUUCUCGAUGUGGUCCUGCAGAGAGAUUCAUAUCGCCAGUGAGAGCUGCCAGUGAGAGCUGCUCCAUAUUCCUUCACACACUAGUUUAAAACAAACCCUUGAGGAGUGUUGAGUCAAUUCAGCACAGCUGUUAAUAGCUCAAGUUUUUGACGGUAGCAAGUUAGAUAAUGGUUGUCAGCUGUGUCACACCACCCAGACAUUGCUGCUUUGAGCUUUUCUAAAACUCUAAUGAUGUACAAUAGCUAUGAAGGCUGACAAACUUGAACUUUACUCAGCACUUCAUUGCUUCAUAGAUGAAUGCAACUCAUUUUACCUCAACCUAUAACCUGAUUAAUAUUAACAGCAUAUAUAGAUGAAUAACCCAUAGUUCUCUAAUAAAUUAGGCAAUGAACUGCUGUUUUUGAUCUUCUCUGUACUAGCUAAGAUAAAAUGCUAAGAACUUAUUAAAUAAGCAGUUCACUAAAAAGUUGAGCAGUUGCAUAGUCAACUAGUAUUCGGCUUAGAAUUGCAUUGAUGCCAUCUUCAUUUGUGCUUUCUCUGGAAUGGCUUUUCAUUUUAGAUACCUGGGUUUUGCUUUUACUGAAUCUCAAGUUAGGCAGAGAGAAACAUCUAUCUAUCUCAAUCUCUCACUAAUUCUCUCUCAAGCUUACCAAUUUUGACACUUUACUCGCUUCUUAAAAGAUGUUUAUAUUUAUUAAAUAAGAUUCAAUGGAGAAGUGUGGUAGUAUAAAGAUAAUCUAGUUUCAACAAGCUUAAGGGGACUUCACAAUUAUUCAGAUGUAUUCUAAUUUCACAAAAUGGAAACUUCUAGUUAUGAGAAACUAAAGAGGUAUACCAUAUUUGGUCAAGUGGGAGAUAAUCAGCUUUUAUAAAACAAUAUUUCUUAUAUACUCCUUCUUAUCUGGUUUUUCUAAGUUCCAAAACAGUAACUCCUGGGAAGAUAUUUAUUGCAUCAUCUUUCUAAUGAAUCUGCCUUGUCGGAUGGUGUUAGUACAAUUUGAUGCAUGGAUGUGCACAUCAAUGUCGUAUUUUGUUAACGUUCCUGGUUAUCAUACAUCAUCCAGGUGGAUUUUUGUUGUGUUAUCCUGUUUCUUAGAGUAGUAAGUUGCUGCUGGUGUUUUCGUUAAUGGGAACUGUAAAAUGAGAAGAUUCCGGGUAUUCAUGGUAUGAACAAACAGUUAGACCUACCAUUCUGAAUCAAGCUCAAUUGGAUAUGCGAGAAUUCAGAAAGGAAUUUGUGUUGCCUGGUGAGUUUGCUAAACUGUGGGGUCAGGUCUCCGUAGGAGAGUUUUUUUUUCCCUAAAGAACGACAAAUGAGUACUAAAUAAACAGGAGAUUGUGGACAUAUUUGUUACGUGGGCCUUCUUUGAAACAAAAAUUUUGGUUAACAUCAGAAAAUGGCUUUAAUAUAAACAGUUUUUCUUAGAAUGGUAGGUAGUGCCUUUAAUAACCAGAAUUGAAAUUAUACUGCUAUUUAUUUUUUCCUAAUUCCUUCUUUAUAUAUACUGAGGAUUAUGCUUAAACUGAAAUCCUAGGGAAAAAAAUUACUACAAAAGCCCCCUACCCGUAGUUAAGCGCCAGCAGCUUAUUCCCUGCUUCGCUCUUGCAUAAGUGACUUUUACUGUGAAUGACAGGUUUUUCAUUUGUACCCCUUCCCCAGAUGUUUACUUUUUUCCCUUUAUGUCAAGUUCAGGUUUGACAUCCCCAAACCUGGAGGAAAUUUAGAGUCACCAACCAGAUGGACACUUUUACAGACCAAAAAAUGAAGAUCAACCUGCAUUCCUGCCUGUGUGGCAGAUCCAAUAAACACAACCUUGACCAAGGAAGAAAGUUAAUCAUCAAAAAAAAAAAGAAAAGAAAAAUAACAACCAACUCACACCAAGAUCUUCUGUGUUAUGGGGCUCCAGGAAAGAGAAGCAGGGGCUUACAGCUCCCAGGCUUCACUCUUGAGGGACAGCUGGACAACUCAGCCCCACCUGGGAGGAUGCUGUCGUUUACAUCUCAGGUUGCCGCCUGACGAUUGGUGGCUGGGCUGGAAGGGAGGGUCCGCAGGAAACGCGACACUGGGGAUGCUGCCCCCUAUCACAUGAUGGAAAUUUCCACUCUUUAGGAAGGCGAAAAGAAAAGAAAGAAGGGUCUGUCUAUCCACCCUUUUCCGAUACUUCCCCUGGAUCCUAAUCGGAAGAGAGUAGAAAAAGAGGCAGGAGUCUGCCCUUCCAAACAAUUCUGGAAAGAUUGCACAGGACUGGAUAAACAAUUAAGAACAGAGUGUUCUGAACAUCAACACAAAGUAGAAGAGCCUUAAGCUGAAGGUACAGUAUCUUGUUUACACUGAAGGAGCUUGUGUGUGGACAAGAAAGCGCUGACAGCUCAAAUGGACCCCAUGGAACUGAGAAAUGUCAACAUCGAACCUGAUGAUGAGAGCAUCAGUGGAGAAAGUGUUCCAGAUAGCUACAACGGGAUGGGAAAUUUAGAAAAGUCAGCAAUGAGCAGUCAAUUUGCUAAUGGAGAUGAUGAAAGUCAGAAGUUCCUGACAAGUGGAUUUUUGGGGGAAAAGAAGCUGGCAGAUUAUGAUGAUGAACAUCAUCCUGGAACCACCUCCUUUGGAAUGUCUUCAUUCAACCUGAGUAAUGCCAUCAUGGGCAGUGGGAUCUUGGGCCUGUCCUAUGCCAUGGCCAACACAGGGAUCAUACUUUUUGUAAUCAUGCUGCUUGCUGUGGCAAUAUUAUCGCUCUAUUCAGUUCACCUCUUAUUAAAGACUGCCAAGGAAGGAGGGUCUUUAAUUUAUGAAGAAUUAGGGGAAAGAGCAUUUGGAUGGCCUGGGAAAAUCGGAGCUUUUAUUUCCAUUACAAUGCAGAACAUUGGAGCAAUGUCAAGCUACCUCUUUAUCAUUAAAUAUGAACUACCUGAAGUAAUCAGAGCAUUCAUGGGACUUGAAGAAAAUACUGGAGAAUGGUACCUCAACGGCAACUACCUCGUCAUAUUUGUGUCUGUUGGAAUCAUUCUUCCACUUUCUCUUCUUAAAACUUUAGGUUACCUUGGUUAUACCAGUGGAUUUUCUCUUACCUGCAUGAUGUUUUUUGUCAGUGUGGUGAUUUACAAGAAAUUCCAAAUACCCUGCCCUCUGCCUCUUCUGGACCACAAUGUUGGAAAUCUGACAUUCAACAAUACAGUUCCAAUGCACGUGGUAAUGCUACCCAACAACUCUGAGAGUAGUGGUGUGAACUUCAUGAUGGAUUACACCCACCAGAAUCCUACAGGGCUCGAUGAGAACGAGGCCAAGGGCUCUCUUCACAGCAGUGGAGUAGAGUAUGAAGCACACAGUGAUGACAAGUGUCAACCCAAAUACUUCAUAUUCAACUCCCGGACCGCCUAUGCAAUUCCUAUCCUAGCAUUUGCUUUUGUAUGCCACCCUGAGGUCCUUCCCAUCUACAGUGAACUUAAAGAUCGGUCCCGGAGGAAAAUGCAAACAGUUUCAAAUGUUUCCAUCACAGGGGUGCUUGUCAUGUACCUGCUGGCUGCCCUCUUUGGUUACCUAACCUUUUAUGGAGAAGUUGAAGAUGAACUACUUUAUGCUUACAGCAAAGUGUACACAUUUGACACCCCUCUCCUCAUGGUGCGCCUGGCGGUCCUUGUGGCAGUAAUGCUAACUGUGCCCAUUGUCCUGUUCCCAAUUCGUGCAUCGGUGACCACACUGUUAUUUCCCAAAAAACCCUUCAGCUGGAUAAGACAUUUCCUGAUUGCAGCCAUAGUGAUUGCGCUUAAUAAUGUUUUGGUCAUCCUUGUACCAGCGAUAAAAGACAUCUUUGGAUUCAUAGGGGCUUCUUCUGCCACUAUGCUGAUUUUCAUUCUUCCGGCAGGUUUUUAUCUUAAACUGGUCAAGAAAGAACCUCUUAGGUCACCCCAAAAAAUCGGAGCGUUAAUUUUCCUUGUGGUGGGAAUCAUCUUCAUGAUUGGAAGCAUGGCACUCAUUAUAAUUGACUGGAUUUACAAUCCCCCAAAUUCUAAGCAUCACUAACCCGAGGAAAAAUACUUUCUUUUCCUAUUGGAAAUGGUUGCAAAUUAUGCUCCAAAAGACCUUUGUGUUAUCUUGAUUGGAAUGUUAUCCAUAGGAAAUAACAGGAAGAUUCCAAAGACGUUUACUAGUAACAUCACCGGGGACCUGCGGAAGAGAAAAUCAUCGUGUUGGUCAAGAAUGGCUGUUUGUAUGUUUAAAAUCUGUGGUGCACAUUUCUACCCAGGUUUUACUGGAGCAGUGUGAGAAGAUGUAUUUUUGCUGCUGUACAAGCAGAAUAAGUGUAACUGCAUGUAAUGGCCAUCAGAUUCCACCCUUUCCCCUACCCUCCCCUUCCUCCUCCUCAAAAAAGUACCAAAUACUUGUAUUCUCAGAACAUCAAACCAAAGUGCCCUGGUGGCAAAGCCAUCACCACUUAAUGCCUUCCGCCAGUCUUGCACCAAAUACUCUGGGUCGAUGUAGUAACAGAGGCAAAAGGCAUGUCUUCUGAACUGUCCCUGUCAGACACAUGAACGAUCAGACACCAGGCUAGAACAUCUUAUUGUCAACAGUAAAGGAAUAUUUUGCCCAUCCUGUUUGUGACAUUGAAUUAGUGACUUCUUUAUUAAAUAGAUUUUUUGUAAAUGUUAAAACAUCUGACUAAACAUAGAGAGGGGCUUUAUUUAAAAUAUAGAGCAACGACAAAAAAAAUAAGCAUUAUUGCUUACAGCUCACCUGCCUGUUCUGGAAGCAUUUGCUUUUUAAUGUUAUUCCUCGUCCUCUUGUCAUGCUUUGUCAUUGAACAAUGCUCUCCCUCUCGUCUUCCAUUCUCAUUCAGAAUUUUUAGAAGGCCACGAUUCAUGUGGAGAUAUGCUACCCAGUAUUGUUUGAUACAUUUUUAUUUGAUAAACAUUCAGUGCAGGAAACUGUGAUUGCUAUACGUUUAUGUAUAUAAUCUUAUUCUGUAGUCAUCAGAAUUUUAAUGUAUGGUACAGUUGAUUUUUAUUUUUUACAUGUGUAGUAGUCUCUCUUCACAGUCCAAACAUUUAUAUUAUUGGGGGUGGGAGGGAAUUAAGUUGAUCGGCUCAAAAAUCCAUUUGUAUGUAUCUGUCUAUUGGGGAUAUUUUAAAUUUGAGACCUAAGUUAUAUAUAGUUCAGUAAUGCUCUUCAACAUUUACGAUAAUAUCAUAAUCAUAUACAAGAGAAUAAGUUCUUUAUUUGCAGGUAAUUAUCAAUCCUAAGGUCAUUCUUUUAAUUUAGCUUGUCUAGUAUAGGACUUGGUUUAUUUUAGCUUGCACAGGUGUUCGCUGACAUUCGUUUGCCAUUUAAUACAAUGUUGACUGGUUCUCCACAAAAAUAAAAGUGCUAACAUCACAAAGAGAUGCAAACUAUUAUUAUUGCUCACUUCUGCAACAUACUUACAUGAAAUGGACUUAAAAAUUAGUACUUACUGCCUAGAAUUUCUGGAGCUUGCUACUAUUUUUUUUCAAAUCAGUAGCAGCAUUUGUUGUAUAUUUUAUAUUUUUAGUAAAGCCAAGAAUGAAAUAAAAGUAUCGUAUAUGUCUGAUAAUGUUAAGUCAUAUUUCAAUAGUCUUUCUAGAAUGUGCCUUAAGAAAAUAUAUAUUUGUUUUGUGCAUUACUUUUUAGAGGCAUAAUACUGUAACAUGGUGCAAAGCUAUGGAAAUUGAGCAUUACUAGAAACUAUCAUAACUUGUGAGUUACUACUAUUGGAAAAAAUUUGCCAAAGAGCACCUUUAAGACAUAUUUUCAUUUUCAUUCAUCUAAAGAGUGUAUCAAAAUAGAAAGUGGAAAUAGGUACCUUCUGAGUGUUAAAAAAAAUGUUUAAUCUGAAUGUAUUUAAAUGUAAAUAUCAAUGAUUAAUCCAAAAAAAUUGGAAUACUGUAAAAUCUGUAUAUAUUUUGAAUGCUUUAUGUUUGAAAUGACUAACUUGAAAAUAUCAACAUGUGUAAUUUAUAAAUAUUCAAGAGCAAUACUGUGUGCCAAAUGAUAAAGCGCCGUCUUGUUCUCAGAGCCAUCUUCUGGAUUAGAGUUCAUAUGGACUGCAGGGCAGACACACAUAUGGUAUCUUGGACUGGUGAAUUUAACCCCAUUUAUAAACAGAUGAAAAUUUUAUUUUCUUAUUUCAUUUAUAAGAUGGUUCAAUGUAUUGGGAGGCUUUUUUUUUAUUACAGAAAGUGUAUAUUGGUAUAUAAUAAAUGAACUUAUCAAAUGAC